AUGUUAAGAAAAUUCUCUUUUUUGGCUAUUAUUGCCAUGGUUUGCAUGAUCUUUGCAGGAUUAACCUUGGCUGAACCAUUGAAUAGACGUCAACAAGGAGGAGCGGUCGCCUACUGUGACUUUACCGACGCUGUCACCGGUCGAUUCACUUGGACCAAUAUACCAGGUGGCAAAUGCCGAACUACAGGACAAUUCAAUACUGGUUUCGAAAGUGCAAAUGUUGAUGAAUAUUCAUUCUUCUUGGAAGACAAGGAUGAAAAGGAGAUCCAAGACCUCACCGAAGAAAUUCGUGAACAAAUCCACAUCAACCCACCGGGCACCUCUCCUUUCGAAUGUGAUUUCCCAUUUGAUCUAACAAGCGUUGAGGAUGUUGAAGGGUUAUGUUUCGUUGUUAAACAUGAAGGAAAAACACUCAGCAAAGCUUUGAUCGUAAAAGUUGGAUAA